GCUGCCACCGACUCAAUUAGAGUGGUGGACGAAGAUUAUGUCAAAAGGAUUCAUAGUAGGAACCCAUCUGGCCAUCUUCACAAAGGUUUGCUUCAAUGAUGGCAGUGGUGGAAUUCAAACUCACGCCUUCAAUGCAAAGUCAAUUCAAAUGCCAUGGAAUUGUGGCAGCAACAUCAUCAAUUCCAAGCAGAUACCAGACAAUAGUCACAGACAAUGCUGAUAGAAAAGGAUUUGGCCAACAAGCCAAGAGGUUUCAGCCAGAAAGCCAUUUUACUGAUGCCCCUGGUCCUGGCAACUACGUGGGCCACGUCACCGUGGACAACACUUCAGUCUCAUUUUCAAAGAAAGGAUCAGGAGGAUUUGCCUCAAAGACAAAGCGACAGACACGAUAUUUGAUGUCUAAUGCCCCAGGACCUGGGAUAUAUGCCCUACCUAGCCUACUCUCCACACAGAAAGACUUCAACAAGGCGGGCUCCACUAGUAAUUUCCACAGACCAAUAGCUGUACCCUUAGACAAUGACCCUAGGCAGAUCAGACCUGCUCCAAAUGCCUAUGAUGUUUUGAAAAAUAAACAUGGUAAAGUGAACAAUGUAUCAGCCGAUGCUGCAUUUAAAUCUCAGUCCAAACGGGAAGUCAUCAAUAUAAAAGAGGCUACCAACAACCCAGCACCCGGUCAGUACAAUGUAAACGACAUGUUACUGCAUGACAAUGUGAAGAUACCAUUCUCAUGUUUCAAAUCAACCAGUAAACGACAGAUGGCCACAGAGCCUCCAAAUUUUCCGGGCCCAGGGGCAUACAAACCCAAUGAACCUGUGGACCCAGCCAAGAAACAGUUGUUCCCGCGUAAGCACUACCUGUGUAUAUCCGCGCCGGCCAUGCCCCUGCCCGACAGCCCGCCCUCUCCUGGCCCAGGCAGCUACGAGCUCCGGGAUUAUGAGGGACCGCCCAGACACUACAUGUCUGGGGCCGCCUUUGUCUCCACAACCAGCCGCUGGCAGUCAAAUGGCAACCAAAUCCGCGUACAGGAUCUCCCAGGACCAGCCCACUAUCGGCCAGUUAACAUGGGGAAGCAGUCUUUCAUCUACAACUCUGCUGGGAAGUGGAUCUGACCUACUCCUUCUAUGUAUUCAAUCACAAUGUCAUGUGAAAUUGACUGUGAACCAAGUAUUAAAUGUUAUGCUCCAUACCAAUUAAACAACCCUCCCAUCAUUGCCUUUUGGAGCAUUAAACUUCUGGAAAUGACUUCCUUGUGUCAGAUUUUUGUUGGAAUAAGGAGGGCUGUUCUGCUCUCCCAGAGUUACCAUCCUGUUCUAGUUUUUCAACACAUAGGGAUAUUUAGUCAUAUCUGAUUAAUUGUUAUAUUUAAUUCACAAAGUUGUUCAGAGACAAUUAUAUUUAAGGCCUCCCUAUAUGAUCCUUUAUACACAGUAUGGCCUCUGAUUGAAAAUAUGAAUUAAGUUUUUCGACAUGGGACUUUUAAUCUCAUCUCAAAAAAUCUUUCAUGCAAUGGAGACAGUUCUACACCUUUGUGUUGUAGGCCAUAACAUAGUUAUGCUAGUAUAAUGUUAAUUCCCUCUUCAAUGUCUUCAAUAUGAGUAAUAGCUCCUUUUAUUUUGAAUUCAAAUAUUUGUUCAACCAGUCCUGCCUUUCAGUUAUAUAUCUCACAGACGAAGCGGUAUUGUCAAGCGCGCCAUUUCAAGGAUGUUUGUCUUUGUUGUAUGUACAAGAAAACCUUCACCUUUAUUUUAAACUUUAUUUAUUUUUCAACAAAUGUGAAGUAAGUUAUAUUACUUAAUGUAAAGUCACUCUCGAUGGCACAAUGUUUGCACAAGAGUGUGCCGUCUUUUGCUGAUGCACCAAUGUGUCUCAGCCUCUCAGGUUUUGAUAUAUAGCAUGGCUGUCAGCAAGUUUGGUUUGUGUCAUUAAGUUCUCCGGGUACUCUGGUUUCCUUUGCUAUGCAUUUGUAUAGUUAUCUUAUUUUUAUAAGCCUGCUGAAAUAUAUACGAUUACCUUUUCAGGAAUAUGAUAUUCUGUGAUUUCAGAUUAAAUAGUUGGUUGAAUUCACUUACAAUGUCAAUCCAUAUUGUUGCCAUUCUGAAGUCAAGUUGAAUACAAUCAUGUUUCUUUCGUUACAAUGGUAUAUACCAGUAUUAAGUGUAUUAAAAUUAUUAUUAUCUUCUUAAUACUACUGUUAAUGUCUGUGAUAAAGUUUUUAUGUUUAUUUCAUGUUUUAACUGUUAUUUUUGAUUGCAUGACAAAUAUCAUGUUUAAAAAAUGCUGUCACUUACAUUUAUGAUAAAUUUGUAAAUUUGUA